GCCUUCUUGAGCAUGGCAUGAGCGCAUCAGAGUGCGCGUCUCACUUGCACUCUCACAUACACCAUGUCCGCCCCCUCUCCGCCCUCACCGCCCAUCAGCUCCGCAAAGUACUUCACGGCGCUCACGGCCGUGAGCGUCGCCGCCAUGGGCGUAGCGUUCCGCGACAUCUUCGCGUACAGCCCGAGUGUGCUCGACGCCCCCGCGUGUCUCGAGCAGCCGUGGGUGUCGCACUAUCCCAUCGCGCGCCCCCUCAACAACCUGCUGUGCACGCUGAACACGUUCUUCGCGUCGAUCGGGGCCGCGCGCGGCGGCCCCGCCUUUCUCGAAUACAUGGGCGGCGUCUUCCUCUCCGCCGUCCUCGUCACGGUGUACGAGGGCUUCCGGCCCUCGUCGCGCCGCUCCGCCGGCCGUGAGGGGCCGGGGAGCGCCGAAGGCUUCGGCAUGCGUCUCGGCAUCGCGCAAAUGAGCACGAUCGCCCUCGCCAUCGGCCAAGUGAUUACCGCCGGCAUCGCUCUGCCCGCGUACUACGCCCUCGUGAGCUGGAGCACGCCCAAGCACUGGCGGCGGCACCACCACAAAGUGGAUCUCGGGGACGAGGUCUUCUUCCUCUCGGACGAGGCGCGCGCACACGUCCGCAAGCGCGGCAAGCACUCGGUCCAGUACAACGCCAAUGUGCCCCGCUCGAGCUACUUGUACACCACGCUCGUGUCGACGCUCGUUGGCUUCGUCAUCCCUAGCGCCGUUAUGAAGCUCGCCCCGCUCGAGCACAAGUACGACGCGCAGAGCGCGUGGCAGAUUUUCCCGCUGUACAUGCUCGCCAUCAACAUCAUCCUCCCACCGCUCCUCCGCCGCGGCUUCUCGGGCGUCACGCCCAAGGUCGGCAUAGUACUCAUCGCCACGCUCGGCAUCGCUGCCUCCCUCCGUGCCCAGUGGGGCCUCGUCACCUACCUCCGCUCCAACAAGGACAGCCUCAAGGACAUCUUCACGCUCGACCGCAUCGACAACCUCUCGUGGGCGGCCCACAGAGUCCUCGUCACCGACUUCGUCCUCAUCACCCUCGCGGCCGGCAGCAAGGUGCUGCUCGCGCUCGCGCGGCGCACGCGCGCCGGAGCCGGCGGCAAGACCGUGUAUGCGCUCAUCUUGCUCGCGUCGGCGGCUGUCGUCGGCCCCGGCGCCAGCAUCAUGGCCAUGUGGGCAUAUGCUGAGUUUAUCGCGCUCGGCCACGCGCGCGAGUACGCCGAGGCCAAGGCCGCAAAGGCGACUGUCGUGGACGAGGUGCGGGCCGAGGUGCCCAAGGUGGAGUAAGCACGAAGCGACAGAACAGGAGGAAAGUAGGAGGAAAGUUACCACUCGUAGCCCUCUGUAUCAUGCAUUGAUUCUGG